AUGUCCACACAUUUAUUAACUUCCUCAGCAGAGGACACGGAACCGGAUAAAACCAAGACGAAUGAUACUUUAUACUCGGUGCGCGUACCGACACCGUCGGACCGCCACGAAGAUUUUGCGGAGUAUGGGGGCAGUGACGCCAAGAUCGAGGACGGCUUCAAUUUCAGCCUGGACUUUUUCACAGCGCUGCCUUCCAAUCUGGACAACUACACAAAGGCCGAGACUGCAGGUGUUGUGCAGGGCCGCUGCUGGGUGACCGCCGCGUCGGGCCCCACCCUGCUUUUCCCCCCACCCAGCCUGGAAUGCAUCCAGACCUUCUACUUCAUCAUCUCAUCCGACGGGACGUACCAAGACUCCAUGGGCACCCGGAGCCUGUUCCUGACCAAUUCCGCGGGCAACACUCCGCUCAUGAUCACGGGCGGAACCGGAAAGUACAAGUACGUGCAGGGGGAAGCCCAGAAUAUAGUGGAGGCUGCCACGAGCCCCAGUGGCAACAAUGUCUAUGACGGCUACUCGUUCACACUGAAGAACCUGUGA